AUGGGUCUGAGUCCUGACGCAUGUGGGGGAUGCACAGAUCAGGACCCUACAGUUGACAGUUCAGCAGCUAUAGGCACAGGUACUGGCGCAACAACAUCAGAUUGCCUAGCUGACGCUAGAGAGAGAUACAGAGAUGCAGCAGCGCGGUCGGGCGGAGGAGUUGGUAGCGAGCAUUCAGAGAGUGGCAGCAGGGGGGCCGAUGAGGGAUAUCAUGAGGGACAUAUCCUUGAGAGUGAGGGAGGAUUCAUCAGCCUUGCCUGUGGAGGAAGAGACCCAGUUUAUAAUGAUAGCCACAGCAUAAGUUGGACGUCGGAUAAUCUCUACAUCAAAUCUGGAGAAAGCAACACACCCUCAAAUACACUCGGGACUGAUCUUGAUUAUCAACUGCAACAUCUCCGCAGUUUUCCCCAAGGGAAACGAAAUUGCUACGCCUUACCUGCAAACCAGGGAACCAAAUACCUAAUCCGUGCCUCUUUUCUUUACGGCAACUACGACGGCCUUCAAUAUCCUGACGAUGAAUACGAUAGGAUCUGGACAGCAGGAGUAAGUGGAUCGAAUGUAAUUCCCAUCAACACGUCUAAUAAGGUCGAAACCAAAGUUACAGGUGCACCAGCUUCUGUGAUGAGCACUGCCGUGGUUCCCCUCAACAUUUCAUUCUUACGACUCUCGUGGACUAGAAAUUUUGACCCAUCUGGUGAAUACCAUUUUGCCAUGUACUUCCUGGAGAUUCAGGAAUUGAAACCCAAUGACAUCCGCGAGUUCAGUAUUAGCAUAGGUGGCAAGCUAUGGUAUAAAAACAACCUACGCCUUACAUACGAAGAUGAGACCAUUUAUUCAGAUCCAAGCUACCCAAUGUCUAAACCGGGACCAUUGAACUUUUCGCUGAAUGCGACCGCCCGGUCCACGUUGCCACCUCUAAUCAAUGCCUGGGAAGCCUAUCGCCUUAGCUCCGUUCUUCUCAAUGGCACUUACGUAGAUGAUGUGGUUGCAGUUGUUGAUAUUGUAAGAUACUUUAAUUUAGAAAAGGAUUGGACAGGUGACCUUUGCAUACCAAAACAAUAUUCUUGGAAUUGGAUAAAUUGCAGCACAGAUUCUUCACCCAGAAUUAUUGCAGUUGUUUAUGGGAAUAAUAUGGAUUGCCAAUCCAAUGGUUGCAAUAAUCCUCCUGCUAAAAAUAAGAGCAAGAAAACCGUAGUUGUGUGGGGGACCAUAGCUGGAGUUGUAGCAGUUGCAAUUUUCAGUGCAGCAUUAGUGGUGUUCAUAAAAAGUUUCAAGUCAAAGAAGACUACUCCAUUAGCAGUGAGCACAACAAGUAAGACAGAAGAAAAAUCUACGCAGUUAGCUCUUGUAAAAUUGGAAGGAUGUCGAUCAUACAGUUACCAAGAGGUGAUAGAGAUGACCGAUGAUUUCCACAAGCAGAUCGGAAAAGGAGGAUAUGGACCAGUUUACAUAGGUUGGCUUCAAGGCAAGGAAGUAGCAGUCAAAGUAUUAUCUGAUAAGUCGCAUCAGGGUCCGAAAGAAUUUUCUACUGAGGUGGAUAUGCUCUCUAGAGUACACCAUAAGAAUUUGGUAAAAUUCAUUGGCUACUGCAUUGAGGAAGAGAAUAUGAUUCUAAUUUACGAAUUUAUGUCCAAUGGAGACCUGCGACACUCUCUCAAUGGUCAAAAUUUAUCUGGAAAAUACCUCGAUUGGGAAACAAGGGUCAAUAUUGCAUUGGAUGCUGCUCAAGGUUUAGAGUAUUUACAUCAUGGCUGCAAUCCAUGCAUUAUUCACAGAGAUGUGAAGAGCUCAAAUAUCCUACUCAAUGAUCGCAUGGAGGCAAAAGUAGCAGAUUUCGGAUUAUCAAGAAUUGCUCCUUUGGAAGGAGCUACUCACAUUUCUACAGUAGUGAAAGGCACCAUGGGAUAUAUAGAUCCAGAAUAUUACAUUCUUCAUCGACUGACAGAAAAAAGUGAUGUAUAUAGCUUUGGGGUUAUUCUAUUAGAAAUUAUUUCUGGACAGCAUCCUGUGGUUCUUGAGUCCUCAGAUGGAGAAGCAGCUCACAUCACUAGCUGGACAAGGGAAUUCAUGUUGAGGGGAGAUAUAGAGAGCAUUGCAGAUCCUGCUAUGGAAAAGAAGUAUAAGAUAGAGGGCUUAUGGAAAUUAGCAGAGUUAGCAAUGGCAUGUUGCUCAAACCACUCAGUUCAGAGGCCGACAAUGAGUGAGGUGGUGGUGGAGUUGAAGGAAUCGAUGGUAUCGUCAUCCCACUCGAAUCCAAGCUCAGAGCUUCCACAGUGGAGAUCCCCAACUAAUCUUUCUCCUUCACGUGAAGAUCCAUACCUAUCCGUGGUUUGCAAUGAUUCAUUCAGACAUAUUUAUUUUGUUACUGCAGCUGUUUGUAAUGUGCCACUUAUUGAUAUUUUUGGCGUGGGCAUUUCCACUGAUAAAUUAGGUCUGCGUGCAUGUUUCCAUUUUAGUAUCGAUUAA